AGUCUUAGUUUUCGAGAAGAAAGCACUGUUCCAGCUUCACGUUUCAAAUUCCGUAAUAUUAAUUUUAUAAAGGUUGCGAUUGCGCGCUAUUUAAAUACACAGACUGCCACCAUAGUAGAAGAGUAA